AUGGAAGCCAUUCGCGCCUCGUCCUCCCUCGCCCGUCAUCCCCUCUGCUACACGCCGCGGCUCCCUCCGCUUCUGCCGUCGUCGCACCGCGUCGCGCCGAUCAGCCACGUCGCCUCCGCGCUGCCGCUCGCCUGCCAUCCGCACUCGCGCGUCGCACCCACCCUCUCCGCCGCUGUCCGAGCGCAACGUCCGUCGCGAUGCCUCUCGUCUCUGGGCCGCGCCGAUCCACGUCCAAUCGCUCUGAUAGCCACCCCGGCCGGCUCCAGGCGGAGAGUGACAAUAGCGGGGGCCGUGGUGGCGGCGACGGCGGAGGCGGGGUCUGCUGAGAGCGAGGGCGACCGUGCGGUGGGCGCGCUGGUGGAGGCGGAGGGCGGCGCCGCGUACGGGAGGGGGCGUAGCGAGAGCAGCGAGGGCAGCGACGGCGGGGAGGGCAGCGACGGCGGUGAGGGCAGCGACGAGGGUGAGGGCGGGCUGUCGCGGAAGGAAUUGCGGAAGCGGCGGCAGGAGCGACGAUUGCGGCUGAUGGUGAGCGGCUUGCGAGGCUGCUUGGCUGGGCGGCGGGGGUUUGAGCGGGUUUUAGCAGAUGCGCGGGCAGGUAGCGCUGGAAAACCGCAGCCUCUCCUCUUAGCUGCGUGGCUGCGCGGAGCCACCCUGCUCUCGCCGCCGGAGCAGAGGGCGCCGGCCGGGACAGACCAGUGCGCUCCCUUGAGACUCUGGGUUGGCAGCAGCUGGGCCAUUCUCAUCCGCUACACACAUGCAUCCCUGUCCCCUUCCCCCUGUCCCCCCUGUCCCCCCUGGCCCCCCUGUCCCCCUUGGCCCCCAUGUCCCGCACGUCUCCCGUGUCCCCCACUCCCCCGUGUCCCCCACUCCCCCGUGUCCCCCACUCCCCCGUGUCCCCCACUCCCCCGUGAGCCCGAGGCGGUGCAGCAGCGGAGGCGGCAGCAGGAGGAGCGCGUGAUGGCCGCCAUGGCGCCGCUCAGGAAGCGCCCCGCCAACCCCGGUGGGCGCCGCAAGAAGACGGCUCCGGAGGGAGGGGGGGACGCGGAGAAGGUGGAGGGGGCAGCUGGGGAGGCGGGAGGGGAGGAGGGAAAGGCGGAAGGAGUGGGUGGUGGUGCAGGGGAUGGGGGAGGUGAAGGGGGGUUGCUGAUGGAGGGGGGGCUGGGAGAGGCAGCAGUGGCUGGUGAAGGCGGUGGAGAGGGGCAGGUGGUGCAGGCGCGGGGGGACAUGGCCGAGGCAAUAGACUCUGAGCAGCAGCAGCAGCAGCAGCAGCAGGUGGAGGUGGGCGAUGCGGUGGAGGCGAUGAGGGUGCGCGGCGUGCAGUGGUGGAAGGUGGGCACGUUCCGAGGGGGCGAGUUCGAGGCGCAGCAGCAGAUCACUGCCCUCCUGGCCCAACACUGCCCGGGCGAGCCGUGUGAGGUGCGUGUGGCCCCGUGGGGUGGGGCAGGGGGCAGGCAAGUGGGGCAGGGCGAGUGGGGCAGGGCGAGUGGGCAAGGUGGGAUUAAUGUGAAGGGGUUGGGGAGGGAAGAGGAGGAAGGGGCGGAGGAGAGUGUGGAAGGGGAGUUGCAUUGA